GCGAAUCCCCUUAGGUAGUCAGCUUUAAUUGAACAAUGUCAUUGAGAAGUUUGGGAUUAAACUCGACAUUUUCACGGAUCUUCAACAUGACCAAACCUGCGACGGGGGUCAAGACCGCCGACACUAUCUUGGAUUUCAAGCAUAAUCCUCAGCUUCUGUUGGAGAACAUCAUGACCAGAAGCGAUCAAGAGAUUGGAGGUUACUCAACUGCUCACUUCGCGUACAAUAACCAAAUGAAGUGCGGUCACUUCAGUGGCUACUUGAACUUGGACUUACCCAAGGAUAGCCCCGACAUCACUCGGUCAGGAUAUGCGAUGUUCAGGACCAAGGAUCAAAAGGAAAGUUGGCUCAGUGGUAAUAGCUACUGGGACUGGAGCCAAUAUCAUGCAUUGGUAUUGAGAGUCAAUGGUGAUAAGAGAAAGUACUUGGUAAACAUCCAGGCCAACACUCCGCUUGUGACGGACUUGUUUCAGCAUCGGUUGUUUUUGAACACUCCAGGUAGCUGGGAAACAGUGGUGAUACCUCUCGAUGACUUUGUUAUGACGAACUGGGGAGUUAUCCAGGAUGGGUGUGAGAUCAAUAAGCUGGAGGUCAAAACCAUUGGCAUUGGUCUUUUGGACAAGCAGUACGGGCCAUUUAAUUUGAACAUUGAUUGGGUAAAAGUGAUGACCGAUGAAGAAUUGGUCAACUAUUCUAGAGACUCGCUCGCCAACAAAAAGAGAAUUGAUACCAAUGAAAAUGAUAUUAAGGAGUUGAACUCAUCAGCUUUGCACUCCAACAAGUUUGAGGAUCCCAAGGGAACCGUGUUUUAACUUGGACAGUGGUUUGUUUUUAGUUAAUUUAAGGUGUUUGGGGAAAAUAUAUUCAGUAGAGA